GCCUUUAGCUCCGCCUCCGCUGCAGAAAAAAGGUUCUGAGUGGCGCGUGGCUAACGAAGUUAUUCCCGCCGUGUUAAGAACAAAAUGGGCAAAAAACAGAACACCAAAAGCAAGAAAGACGGUCAGACACAAGAGGAGCCUGAAGAAUUUGUUGUAGAGAAAGUCCUGGACCAGCGGUUGGUUAAUGGGAAAGUGGAGUUCUACCUGAAGUGGAAAGGAUUUACAGAAGCUGACAACACCUGGGAGCCUGAAGAAAACCUGGAUUGCCCUGAGUUGAUUCAAGCCUUUCUGGAUGCACAGAAGAACAUUAAAGAGAAACCUGCUGCUGUUAAAAGAAAGGCAUCCACAGAUGAGCCAGAGUCAGAAUCCAAAAAGCAAGAAAUGGCUGAGAAACCCCGUGGCUUUGCACGAAACCUUGAGCCAGAACGAAUCAUCGGAGCAACAGACAGUAGUGGGGAGUUGAUGUUUUUGAUGAAAUGGAAAGACUCCGAUGAAGCAGAUUUGGUCCCAGCCCGAGAGGCCAACACUCGCUGCCCUCAGGUGGUCAUAUCUUUUUAUGAGGAGCGACUGACAUGGCAUUCCUGUCCAGAGGAUGAAGCUUAGUAUUCCUGCUGUUCCUAUCAUCAGCUCGCUCCUUUAGCCUGCAUUUUAGCUUUAGCUACCUUUAGAUAUUUUUGAAAAUGUUUCAACAGCUCUGACAUUGUAUGAGGAGAGGUUUAUUCCUGUACAUAGUGUUUGAGUGAACGAUUGUGUUGACUAAUUUUCAGGAACCUUCUGCUAUCCUAGCAUGACAUAUUUGUUUUAUUAAACUGUCUAAAUUCCUACAUGUUCAAAUGUUUUAAAAUUCUUGAAUAUGCUAAGCUGUCAACUUCACAAAAUGUUUUUUAGUUUUUUCUCUAUAAGUACUGACAGGUUGUUUUUCUCAGAGCGUUUUGUUUACUGAUCGUCAGAAUUUCAGGUUUAAAUAAAACUUUUGCAUUGUAGUUUCUUAGUUUUGUUUAUCCUGGCUCCAAAGAAACGUAUAUGCAAAAUUCGGAUAAGAAAAAAUACAGUUUGAUAAAAGUUUAGUCCAGCGAUUCUUCAAGCCUGUAAGUUUUCACUUUCAAAAUAAAGUUGUAUCUUUUUCUAAUGUCUUGAUGCUUGUAGAUGAACAAGGUUGAGUCAGU